AUGAGCACUCCAUCGAAGCCCGGGGAAUACUAUAACCUCGGAACAUACCAUCGUCCGGUGAGCACCAAGAACGAAGAGGCGCAGAAGUGGUUCGCCCGUGGCCUUGUGUGGAGCUAUGGAUUCAACCACGAGGAAGCGGUGGAGUGUUUCCAGAGGGUAAUCGAGCUUGACCCCGACUGUGCCAUGGCCUACUGGGGGCUUGCUUACGCUCUCGGACCCAACUACAAUAAGCCAUGGGAGUUCUUUGACGGCGCGGAACUUGAAUCUACAGUAUCUCGCACCCAUACGGCAGUCGAGCAAGCCAAAAGCAAAGCAGGAGCAGGCACAGCUUCACCCGUUGAAAAGGCUCUCAUCGACGCGCUUGAAUUUCGUUACCCGCAGGCACAAGCUGCCGCGGAUUGCUCGAUAUGGAAUGAAGAUUACGCCAAUGCCAUGAAGGACGUGUAUGCACAGUUCCCCGACGACCUUGACGUGGCCACGCUUUACACGGACUCAUUGAUGAAUCUGACCCCUUGGCGACUUUGGGAUCUUUCCACGGGCCAACCAGCUCCCGGGGCUCGCACUUUGGAAGCAAAAGCCAUUCUUGACCGUGCCCUUGCCCAGCCUGGCGGACUUAGGCACCCAGGUCUUCUGCACCUCUACAUCCAUCUAAUGGAAAUGUCGGGUUCACCAGAAUCGGCACUGCCUAUCGCUGAUCACCUGAGGGGACUUGUCCCCGACGCCGGCCACCUGGAACAUAUGCCGACGCAUCUGGAUGUACUUUGUGGCCACUACGGGCGGGCAAUCACUUCGAAUAUGGACGCGAUUCGAGCGGACGAAAAGUUUUUGGCAAUAGCUGGCCCGUUAAAGUUUUAUACCCUGUACAGGUCGCACGAUUACCAUUUCCGGCUUUACGCUGCAAUGUUUGCGGGAGAUUCCAAAGUUGCCUUGGAGACUGUGGGGUGGUUGGAAGAAUCCAUCCCUGAGGAUCUACUCAGAAUAGAAUCACCGCCCAUGGCUGACUGGCUCGAAGUUUUCAAGGCGAUGCGUGUCCAUGCUCUGGUUCGGUUUGGUCGGUGGCAGGAUCUCUUGGACUUACAGCUUCCGCAUGAUGCCGAUCUCUACUGUGUGACCACGGCGCUGAUGCACUAUGGUAAAGGGGUGGCACUGGCUGCCACCGGAAAGGUGGAAGAAGCCGAGCAAGAACGUCACCACUUUCGGGACGCCCUGACACGCGUAAAGCCCACGCGUAUGAUAUUCAACAACACUUGUACGGAUGUCCUUGCUAUUGCCAACGCGAUGCUUGACGGUGAACUGGAAUACCGCAGGGGUGACGUUGAUAAGGCUUUCGAACACCUGCGAAGGGCAAUUGAGCUGUGCGAUGCCCUUCCCUACGAUGAGCCUUGGGGUUGGAUGCAGCCCCCUUGCCAUGCAUAUGGCGCGCUUCUGGCCGAACAGGGCCGCUUGGAAGAAGCGUUGGCAGUGUACGCUGCUGAUCUGGGGAUUGACGACACCCUUCCACGUGCUCACCGUCAUCCCAACAAUGUCUGGGCCAUGCAUGGCUAUGAGGAGUGUCUCAGGAGACUUGGCCGUGUGGCUGAAGCUGAGAAGGUCCAGCCGCAGUUGAAAUCCGCCUUGAGUAUUGCGGAUGUGCCGAUUCAGGCUUCCUGCUUCUGCCGCACCGUUGCAACUGCUUAA